GUUAUAUCAUCUAUAUGCCCCGGAAGCGGGCAAUUACCGGAACGAUUCACACGACAAUUAAACCACUCCACGAGCUCGGCCAAUGAGCCUCGCGGUCGUCAGACGAGGACUGCAAGUAGUUCCCCCGAAACUCUGCUCACCGUCAUUCUUUACCUCACCAUACACAAUGGACAAACACCUUCUCCAAGCAAGAUUCGCUUCCACACUGCCAGUCCCUGAUCUUGAUGCAACGCUAGCUAAGUUGGAAAAGUCGUUAAUACCUCUCGCUAAGAGUACAGAAGAACUGGAGGCGACCCGGGUCAAGAUACAACUUCUCGCUCAGCCUGGUAGUAUUGGAAGGACUUUACACGAACGACUCCAGGAUCGUGCAAAGGAUCCAACGAUUGUGAACUGGUUAGAGGAACUUUGGGAUGAUGCUGCAUACUUGAAGUAUCGCGACUCAGUCGUUGUGAAUGUUUCAUACUUUUAUGGUUUCGAACCACAUCCGGCUCU